AUGGAUGUGCCAAAUGCUGGAAUGCAUCUGUUGGGUGCUAGACGGGCACCUAUGAAUCAGGUAUUGUAGUUUAUAUUUGUUAGCCUUAGCUUUAGCCCUAGCCCAGAGCGCUAGCCCAGAGCGCUAGCCUAGAGCCCUAGUCCAGAGCCCUAGCCCAGAGCUCUAGCCGAAAGCCUUAGCCCUAGUUUUAGCCCUAGCUUUAGCCCUAGCCGAAAGCUCUAGCCCUAGCUUUAGCCUUAGUCCUAGCCUUAGCCCUAGCCUUAGGUCUUAACCUUGGCUUAUUACCAUUGCUAGCUUAAUCGCCAAAUCUUAACUUAAGGCUUAGUUCUAGCUUUAGACUUACCCUGCCUGCGGCGCUAUUGUUAGCUUUAGCUCUAGCUUAAGCUCAGCUUUGGCCUGACCUCAUGUUGUUGCUUAACUCUUUCCAAGCCCACCAAGUUUAAGCUUACUGGUUCUAAACCCAAAAGCCCAAGCCUAAUAAGCCUUAGCUUAAAAAUGUUUUUAAAAAGUUGUAUAUUUUGUUUUCGUAUUUUACAAAAAAACCUAUUUUUACAUUGUUUCUCCAGGACGAAUUCGACACAAAAUUUAACUACCUAAAGUCAUCAAAAUACCACCACUACUCGGAUGACACACCCACCACAGACUUUUGCAUUUGUUGUCGAUUGAAUGUCAGAAGUCCGCGACGACGAUUCUCGGCCAAUGAACCGGUUAUUUAUGAUCCAAAUGUCAGUCAAGUCAAACAGUUAUUGAACCUACUGGAGACUUACAUCCCCAUCUUUCAUUGGAUACCCAAAUAUGAUAUUCAGAAGGACUUUAUUGGCGACUUGUACAGUGGAAUGUGCUUGGGGUUGUUGAGCUUGUCACAGGGUAAGAACUUUCUUUACAGGACGAAACAUGGCAAGCACUUUGUUUACAAAACAUAAAAUGGCAAGAACUUUCUUUACAGAACAAAAAAUGGCAAGAGCUUCAUUUACAAAACAAAAAAUUGCAAUAACUUUCUUUACAAAACAAAAUAUAGCAAGAAUUCUGUUUACAAAACAAAAAAUUGCAAGAGCUUUCUUUACGUGAUAAAAAAUUGCAAAAACUUUCUUUACAAAACAUAAAAUUACCAUAAAUUUCUUUACAAACACUAUAAACCAUUGAAAAGGUUAUUUAUGAUAUACGUUGGCGCUGUUUAGUGUAUAGAGACGUAUUUUACAAAACAUAUAUUUUAGGAUUGGCAUUUUCAUUUUUGUCCGGUUUACCGCCAGUUUGUGGGUUAUAUACAACUUGUGUGGCUUGCUUUGUCUACAUAAUAUGUGGAACUUCACCUUUCAGCUUUUUGGGUAUGUUUUUGGAAUUUUAUUUAAAUUUUUGAACAAAUUUCAAAUUUUUUAAAAAUUUUUGUAAAGUUUUUAAAAUUUUUUGAAAUUUUUUUUUCCAGGUACAAACGCCAUCAUAUGCUACUUCUUUCGAAACAUGCUGGAACGUUUUUCAAUUCCACAGGACUAUAUCUACUUGAUGGACCCGAAAGGUGAUGCCUAUGAUGAGGUAUUACGUGGCGAAGAACAACUUGGCUAUGCUGCUGCUUUGACCUUUCUUACUGCUGGUUUUCAGGUAAGAUAACUUAUAUUCAGUUAUAUAUUAGGCUGUUCAAAUAAUUCUGUGCUCAGCUCGAAAAAAAUUUUCCGGGUUAUGGGGCUCAGAAUUAUUUGAAAAACAUAAUAUAAGCCUGGCGGAAGGCUAUAGGAUUGAUAAGGCUAGGAUAUAUACGUGAAGAUAGGACUAGGACUAGAGGUAGGGCUCUCGGCUAGGGCUAAGGCUAGAGUAACUUAAAAAUUGUCAUUUUCAGGCCCUGAUCUACAUGCUGAGGCUAGAAUUCCUGUUCACGUAUGUAUCAAAGCACGUCGUUGGAGGUAUUUGUUUCGGAACGGGUAUUCGAAUCAUCUUCAGUCAACUACAACAUAUUCUACAUGUUCGUGGCAAUCAAUGCGUUUCUGACCUGUCAGCAACUGUAAGUUAAUUCAAUUUUUUUUUAAUUUUUAGGUAUCAAGCUUUUGCAAAAUUUAAAUAUUCUUUUACCUAUAUCUUGAAAAAACGGUCAAAAAUCAUAAAAAUGGGUUUUGUUACCUAAAAAAAUUCUUAUCCUCGAGGUAUAGGGCUCACAAGGAAAGUACCCUACCUGCCCCGCUCAGAAUCAGCUCAAAAUUUUUAUAUGAAUUCUUUGUACCACCAAUAGUACCCAUAAAAAAUUUUAGCUCGCGCUCUUGAGUUUUAAAUUUAAAUUAUUUGGGUUUCCCGCCAAUUUGGCAACUUUGGCAUUGUGUUUCAAGCACUUUUUUUGACUUUCCAGACAAGAUACGCUUGCAAAUUUAAAAAUGUAGUUUCAUUUAAAGGUUAUCUACUAGUAUAUUAAAGAAAAAUAAUUAACAGUCAAAAAAUGACAAAGUUACAAGCUUGAAACACAAUGCCAAGUUGGCGGGAAAUUCAAAAUGACAUUUUUCAAUCUCGAUUUUCUCGAGAUUUCCUGGAAAGCGCGAUUUAGUACUUUGCUGAAGAUCUUAUAUUUACAUGAUCUUUCUAUAUAAAAAGUUUGAAGUCAAUCAGAGCGGGGCAGGUCGGGCACUUUCCUUGUCAGCUUGAUCUUUUCCUUCAGUUCUGGUUUUGAAAAAAAUGGACAAGUUUUGGCAAAAAACAACGUUUUUCAUAAGUUUAGAUAUAAGUUACUUGAGUUUUGUUUAUUUUAGGCAAAAAAUUUAUUUUUAAUUGGAAUUCAAUUUAUUUUGGGCUAGAGAAAUUUGUGUUUUAACAUUUUUAGGACAACAAAUUUGACUUUUUCUUGUUUUAGGUAUGAAGUUUUAGAUGUAAAGUAAAUAUUUUGUGCUUUUUGAUAAUUUUUGGUAACAAAACAUAAGUUUCAUAACGUUUUAGCCAAUAAUUAUAGAGACUUUUCUAUUUUUAGGUAACAAGUUCUUAGAAAGCUUCUUUACAUUUUUAGGUAACAAGCUUUAAAAUAUUUAUUUUUUAGGUAUCAAUACUAGCAUCAAAGACAGUGCCACCUAGUUUCAAACAAUGCACCUUUCUAAGUGCAUAUCAAGCUUUACAUUUGAAUAAAAGUGCAAAUGUUUUUCCGCUAUUCUUUGGCGGCCAAGAGACUUUGAAUUUCACUGGAAAUGGGGUAGGUUUUAUUUAUCUUUACCUUACCCUUAAUUUUUUUUUGAAUUUUAAAAGGUAAAAAACGACUGCACAGUGCAAUUUUCUAGUUUUGUGAAUUCACAGUGCAAUUUUUUAAAUUUUUUGUUUGCACAGCGCAAUUUAAAAAAAUUUUUUUUAAUAAUUUUGAAAUUAAAAAAAAAUUUUUUUUAAUAAUUUUGAAAUUUUUAGUGCGUUUUAUCAAUCUGGGAUUGUUUUCGAUUCUUGAACAUCUACACAUUAUCUUUUGCUGUAUCAUCGUUCUUGAUAUUAUUGUUUGUUCGGCAGAUUAUUGGUCCACUUAUUCAAAAUCAUGUUAAUAUACCUGUUCCUUUCGAAUUUGUGUUGGUAAGUUUGUUUAUUUUAGUUUACGCUAUCCUAUUGUACCCAACCCGCUCAUAUUUUACCCUGUCUUACCUUGUCCUACCUUACUCUACCUUAUCCUGCCUUACCUUAACUUACCUUACUCUAUCUUAUUCCAGCCCACCCUACCUUACCCUACCCUACUCUAUGAAGCUCUAUUCUACCCUAUUCUACUUUAUUUUAAACUACCUUAAUCUGACCUACCUAACUCUACUUUAUCUUAACUCUACCUCCUUUUAGAUGAUAGUAACCGGAUUCAUAGCCUACGGCUUUGAUAUGCAACAUAACUAUGGUGUUGAAGUUUUACGUCAUUUUGGCACAGGAUGGAAUCUUGUCAGUCUGCCAUCAUAUCAACAGUUUUGUGAUGUGACAUACGAUGCAUUCGCACUAGCAUUAUUGGUCUAUGCAAUGCACUAUUAUGCGGCUGGAGAAAUGAGUCGAAUAUGCAAAUAUCAAAUGGACAGUCGGCAGGUGGGUUACGAUUUUGUUUGUAAAAUACGUCGAUUUAAGGUUUAGCAAGCAAGAAUUUUUUAAAUUUUUUCAAUUUUAGGAACUAAUAGCAGUUGUGGUAUCAAGCGCAAUAUCCAGCCUGUUUGGAGCUCAUCCACCAAGUCAGUCGAUUAACCGCAAUCGAAUUGGUCUUGAUGCUGGGGCAUGUACUAUAGUAAGUUUUUAUUUAUUUUGGAUUUUAAGUUGUAUUUUUUUAGAUUUUAGCGAAAAUUUAAAUUUAAAAAUUAAACUUUGAGUCCUACCACGAAAACCUUGAAACUAGUUAGAAUUGAAAAUUUAGGCUUUAUAUUGUUGACAGCUGCUCUAGGACAGGUUUCAGAAAAUAUUUAAAGUAAAAUUGUAAACUUGCGUAUUUUACAAUACAGUUUUUUUUAUUUUGGCUACCACAACGAAAACCUCUUAAUUUUUGAAAAUUGAAAAAAUUGUAGUUUUUUGAUUGCAUUUAGAAAGCAGAAAGUUUUAAUCCGUAUUUUACACAAUUUUUUUCAUUUUUUAACAUUUUAUACUGAACUUGUGGUCCCACAACGAAAAUCCUAAAAAUCAGGGAAAUGCCUAAACGCAAUAAAUUUCGAAUGAAUAUAAAAUGAAAUAAUUAAAUGACAUUUUAUUUUAGUUCACCAAUGUUUUUAUCGUUUUUGUCAUCAUUCCGAUGGUAUUUUGGUCGAAAUAUCUGUUUGGGUUCAUACCUAUUGUAAGUUAACAUUACCCAUUUUUUUAAUUAAAAAAGGUGUAAAAUACGACAUUUAUUUUUAGUGUGUUCUAUCAGCAGUGAUCAUUCACAGUAUGGGUGAAUAUUUGAAAGAACCACGCCAUUUCACCUUGCUAUGGGCUGUUUCCAAACUUGAUGCUGUAAGAACAAUUUUUUGUAAAAUACGAACUUCUGAUAUUAUCCUUUCGAAUUUCUAUAAGUUAAUUACAUUUUUAGUGCACUUUUGUGGUAGCAUCGAUAAGUGCGAUAUUUUUUGCAAGUUCAGCUGAUGCUUUGAUCAAAUCGACCGUUUUUGGGCUUUUUACCGUCAUUUUUAGGGCUCAAUGGUAAGUUAUUGCUCUAUUCUACCCUAUCCUACUUACAAAUACUAUUAUCAGUAUUGAAAAGUCUUCAUUUGUUACAUUUGGCCGUUUUAAAAUGGCAAAAAAAGUCUUGUCGUCAAAUAACUACUAUUUUAAUGCAAAAAUACGACAAGAUUUUUCUUAAAAAUUUUAUGUUAACAAAUUUGAAAUAACUUGUCUGUAAUGGCAUUUUAAACUUGUACCCAUUAUAUUAAUCGUAUUUUAGGCCCAAAUUUCAGCAUCUAGUCAACGUCACAGGGUCAGGCACUUACUAUGCUGAAAGGAAUUGCUAUGGCUCUGAUCUACUGGAAGAGACAGGGUAG